GAUCCCUCAAACGAACCCGCCUGCCUAGAACUACUGACGAUAUUGAGCAAGAAUUCAGUGUACAUAGACCAACUAGCACCAGCCAUCUUGAAAAUGAUGGAGUCGAAACAAAUCCUCGCUAAAAAACUGUCGAACACGGCAACGCUACUCGGCCUGGCUCUAGCCGUCUGUCAUGACAGUUCUGUCACGGCUGUCAACCUGUCACGACUGUGGAAAGUGCUUGACAGGAUGCGCACUGGCUACGACUCUAAGAUCCAGGACUAUGUCAAAGUUCUUUUUUAUACGCAAAACGGGUAUAAGCUUUGCUGUAAUGAGAGUAAUUUUAGGCACAUUACAGCGUUAGCACCUAAAAUGGUUCGUGAAGAGAAAGCCAAAUGCUUCGAAAUCCUAUCGACAUAUUUAGCGCGAACCUCAAGCAACACAGAGUAUGUUACAUCUAUGUGGCAGGCCAUAGACAUUUGUGAGUCUAUGGUCGGCGAACAGUCGAAUUUAGCCAUGAAAUUGGUAAAAAGUGGUCUACAUUUGAUGGAGGAGAGAAUGAAAAGGAGAACUGUGAUGUUGGCGGCCGAUUUCUGUAGUAAUACAGUCGUUAAAGUGAGGAGAUUGGCGUUUGAGGUCAUGUUGCGCGCUUUUGAAGACAUACAGAGCUCAGAAGAGCUAGAGCCGGCAGCGAAAAGACGAAAAGUGGAAUCUUCUAAAAUCCGAGAUCUACUUCAAGUAGAAGAUGUUUACACAUUGACGGUAGUUGCUAAACUCGGUCAGGGAUUGGUGGAUGAAGUUGUGGAUAUCAGCUCUAUGGUACAACAGGGCGUUGUCAAACAUUUGAGUAGUGAUAUGAGUGUCAGACUAUGUGAAUGCAUGCUAAUAGCCCUCAACCAGCCGGCCUCUGUCAAACCUUCUGUCGUCGCCCGCGCACUGACAGCAGCUGUCAGAUUGUGGGUGCGAGCCUUACGUGACAUGGAGGCUUUCAAGACGGUACUGUUGAGGGAUGAGCCGCUUGAGGCGGAUAGCGCAUCUACUUCAGCCGGUCCGUCGAAGCUGCUGACAAUGACGCGCACGUAUCAGGGCACGUUCAGGACACACUUCAGCGCCGGCCAAAGACACUCCUCAAGGAAAGCUAACACGAUGGCACCGACAACGCUGAAUGUCCAGAUACCAAUAGAUGAGAUAUUGGAAACUCUUUUGCAGUUCUCUGAGCGUGACCCAGACACAGCAACCACUCUUCUAACAGAAGUUAUAAAGAGUGUCCAAAAACAACAGAGUUUCGACUUCAACAGUCGUUUAUCUCAACUGUUGUGUUCUUUGCUGGAUAAAGGAGUGACGCUGCGAUCAAAAUUGCUUGAGAUAAGCCGAUGUGUGUUGGACGACUGUUGUAAGAUACCCAGUUUUAAAACUUCACUAGUAAGACUGAAAGAAACAACAUUGGGCUCCGAAGCAGAAUGUAUAACCUCUCUUUUAUAUGAAGAUGUCGUGUUGAGAUGUGAAAAUAGGGACAUGUUUGUCUUAGGAAACACAAACUUUGACGAAGAAGAUGAACAAAUGGAAGAUUCAACGUUGAAUUUCUCCUUACAAGAAUGGGAGAACGUGACCAACAUCAGAUAA